CAAUUAUUUUGUGUGUGGGUGGCGCUCUUACACAGAGCAGCAAAUGCAAAGCAUCAUGCAGUUGAUAAGGAGGUUGUGGUCAAGUGAGGAUUGCAAUAUUAGUCUUAUUUUUAUGUCAUUUUGUCUAUUUAGUGAAAUUAUUAACAGAACUUAUGCACAUAAAACAGAGGACGAGUUCGAAGAUGUGUUAUUAUGUCGAGCCUGUGGUCAUGAUAUAGUAAAAGCAAGUGAUCUGAAAAACAUUCCCGCGAAAACAUUUUUAAAUAAACGUGAAGACACCGUUCUUGGAGUGCCUGAUAUUCUUGUCCAACUUCUACAGAACCCCAAUAGAGCUGCUUUUGAGGUUAUCACAGCGAAGGAUGCUCACGUAGAAGUUGAUCCAAAAGUUUACCGGUCAGAUUCUUGGUUUGAGGACACAGCGUGGCAGAUAACCCGGUGUCCACGAUGUCGUUCACAGAUUGGCUGGAAAUACCAGCCUAUCGAUUUUGAAGAUGAAGAUGAUGAAGAAAUAUUUCAUGGCCUAAUUUUAAAUCGUCUUGUCCAUGAAGAUUAUGCCAAUGCUGUUGUUUUGAAACACAUGUCGCAUCUUAGCUGACAACAUUCAACACACUCUGGACAGAAAACAGCUAGUGUGGUGCAACUCAAUUUCAUUCAUUCAAGCCGUCAGUAUCUUGAAUGCUUAACAAUGUUGCCCUGAAUUUGUAUUCCGUGUACCCAAACCCUCAACGUCAUGAAUACCUUGCAAGGUAGCCCUGAAUCUGAAUUCCAUUUACUUGUGCUCUCAACAUCACUGUGCUAUAUGCAAACUAGCCCUGAACAUGUAUUGCUCUAUUCACCCACUUCCUUAACAUGAAUUUCUUACAUUGUGUUGACCUCUACCUAACAGAACACUUGAGGCUCACUUUGUGAAGUGUUUAUUUUUUCGUAAAAAUCUUGUUUGCUUAUUCUUUCUGUAUUCAAUACUUAUAUUUAACAACUGGAAUAACAAAAAGAAAAAUUUCAGAAAUAUUUAUUGAUUGUAUUUAUGAACUUGUGAGAUGGAAUGUUAGGUUUAUCAGAUUUUAAUCCAUUUGCUAUUUAUGGGCUCUUCCAGAUGCAAAUCAAGUGUCUUUAGUAUAGUAUACUAAUUGGUUUAUUUUAUCUUAGAACACAAGAAAAUAUUGUUUUUAUAGAAAAUAUGGAAAAACAGUACUGUAUAAUUAUGUUAUAUUUCGUUUUUAUGAAAUAAAAACAAGUGGACUAUC